GCCAAGCUUAUUUCGAGAUGCCCAUGUUUUUUGUCAAUCUUGUGACAACUGCCAACGCAUGGGCAACAUCUCUCGAAAACAUGAGAUGCCGCAAGUUCCUAUGCUCUAUGUGGAGAUCUUUGAUGUUUGGGGAAUAGAUUUCAUGGGACCUUUUCCUAAUUCCCACGGAAAUCUAUACAUUCUCUUGGCGGUGGACUACGUUUCAAAAUGGGUGGAAGCAAAAGCCACAAAGACCGAUGAUGCCAAAGUAGUUGUGGACUUUCUCAAAACCCGCAUCUUCUCAAGGUUUGGAGUCCCACGCAUUUUAAUAAGCGAUAGGGGCACUCACUUCUACAACAAAACUGUGAGUGCCUUGUUAAAGAAAUAUGGCGUCACCCACAAGCUCUCCACCGCCUAUCACCCACAAACAAACGGCCAAGCCGAAGUCUCGAACAGGGAGUUGAAGUCUAUACUCCAAAAGACGGUGAACCCUAACCGUAAAGAUUGGAGUCUUCGCAUGGAUGAUGCCUUGUGGGCAUAUAGAACCGCCUUCAAAACACCAAUUGGAAUGUCUCCCUAUAGACUUGUGUUCGGGAAGGCUUGCCACCUCCCGGUCGAACUCGAACAUAAGUCUUAUUGGGCGGUAAAAACAUUCAAUCUUGACAUGGAGCAAGCAGGGAUGAAAAGGAAGCUACAACUCCAAGAGCUAGAGGAGCUUCGACUUGAGUCCUAUGAGAAUGCCGCCAUCUACAAGGAAAAGACGAAGGUAUGGCAUGAUAAAAUGAUAAUAAGGAAGGACUUCCAAGUUGGAGAUAAAGUCCUUCUAUUCCGAUCACGCCUUCGUCUUUUCCCCGGUAAACUGAGAUCACGAUGGGAAGGACCAUUUGAGGUGGUCAAAGUCUACUCACAUGGAGCGGUUGAGAUCAAAAGCCUUGACACCGAUAAAAUCUUCAAGGUUAACGGACAUCAACUCAAACCAUUCCUUGAGGGCUUCCAAAAAGAGAGCGUUGAAUGCAUGGAUCUCUUCAAUCCAAUCUAUGAAGGAUGAACAUGACUAUGGCGUCGUGCCACGACGUUAACUAAGGCGCUUCUUGGGAGGCAACCCAAGUCAAGGUACGCAUUCUUUCUCUUUUCUUUUAUUCUUUGUUAACUUUGGGAGGAUGGGGGAAAAUUCUAAAAAUAAAAAUGAGGAAAAAUCAUGUUUUUGGAAGCUUGGGAAACCUCCGAUCGGUCAUCAUCACUAACCCGGUCGGAUCCAUGCCGAAAAAGAGGAUGAAAAUGAACAAAACGUAUCCCGGGGUAAAGUACCCGAUCGGGUAUCAUUCCCAGACCCGAUCGGGUGCGUAUGAAAUGACACUUCUUUGAGGAAACCCGAUCGAGCGGUGAGAAAAAUUUCAAAAGGGUACCCGAUCGGGUAUUCCUAAGGCCCGAUCGGGUAUAGUUCCAAAAAAUCAAGUUUUUACUUCGAAUUAAAUUACCCGAUCGAGUACCCCCAAACCCGAUCGGGUGAGAACCCCUGGAACAAAAAAAAACGACGUCAUACCCGGUCGGGUAUUCAAGUUACCCGAUCGGGUGAGAUACUCUGGAAAACCAGAAUUCAGUUCGAAUUAAUUUACCCGAUCGGGUAUUCGAGUCACCCGAUCGGGUACCUUAAUCUGGAAAGCAAGAAAACCUUCGAAUUAAAAUACCCGAUCGGGUAUAUCGGGCCACCCGAUCGGGUACACAGCAUUUUAAUCAGAUUUCAUCCCCAAUUUCGGCCACUUCAUCUUCCCCAACUCCCAAAUUUCGAACCCCUCUCCCCAAAUCCCCCAUUUUCAAACCUUUAACCUCCCAUUACUCACUCAAUACUCAACCAAAUCCUCUCAUACCACCACCAAAACACUCUCCUCACUCCCCUCUCUAACCUCAUACCAAUAAAUCCUCAUAUCUCUACCUCUCCUCAAAAAUCCAAAACCCUACCCCAAACACCCAAGUCCGAACCAAAGCUCCAAAAGAGGGCUAAAAUGGCACCAAAAAGAAGCCAACCGGAGAGCUCCAAUGCUAGAGGACCAAUUCCGGGGUAUGAGACCAUCCGCUUUGGGCCGGGAGAUCACCGCAAACAAUUUUUGGCCAUCAUCAAAAGGCAAGUAGUUCCUUCUAGAUUCCUAUGUCAUAAUGCUCUUAAACAACUACGCUUGUUGGAUGGAAUGAGGGAAUUAUUUGAUAGAUUGGAGAUGAAUUUGAUAUUUGAUAUGAAGUAUAAUUGUGUUGACAAAGUGAUUUAUGAGGUGAUGAGUUCGGCCAAAGUUGUUCUACAUGAUGACCCGGCGGAGUUCCUCUACGACAAACUCACGUUUCGUUGGUUAAACAACGAAUACUCAAUAACGAGACGUGAGUUUGCGGAACACUUCGGCAUCCCCGCACCCCAUGAAAGGGGGAUACCGGAGAGCACACUUGACGGGCACACUUUAUGGGCCAAAAUGACCGGAGAAAGGAAGGUGAACGCGUCUAAAUUAUCCAUUAGUCACGUUCAACAUCCUCUUCUUCGGAUGUUCCUAAAGUUCUUGUGCAAUUCUUUGCUUGGUCGCCCCAACAAUCACCAUACCCGGAUGGGGGACGUGGCCGUACUCACUCUAGCCCUUUUUCAUAGACCCACGGAAUAUAAUCUUUGCAAUUUAAUGUGGGAUCACUUGGAGGAAGCAUGUAAGAAAACCGGGAACAUUGUGGUUGGGGGGGUCAUAAUGCAUUUGGUGAGCAAAUUCGGCUAUACGGACAAUGCUCCAAUUCACCCCGAUUCCUUGAUGCACAUUGGUUGGUUAUCCAAUGCGGGUUUGAUCUCUUUGGGCAACAAAGACCACAAUGGAAACCAACGCUAUAGGUGGCACAUGAAGUACCCCGAACCCACCAAAUAUUUCCCCCUCCCUUGUGAUGAACUACCUAAACUUAGGUAUAAAAUGGCUACCUUUGAGAUCCCCCAUUACCUCCUUCCAAACAACAUUCCACCCCACCUCCAAGAUCAAGCCAACCCACCCGAACACCAACCCGAGCAUCAUCCCGAUCAAGCCGACAAUCAAGGACAUGAAGAUGUCCACAAUGCUCUUCCCGACCCUCCUCAAAACCCGCCACCACAAGACUUUUUCCAACAACUCUUGGCGGGUCAACAAUCCCUCCUCGCCGGUUUCCAAACCAUGAGCCUCGAUUACACAAAGAUGGGCGGACAAUUUGCCCAACUCCAAGAAGAAAUAGGCCACUACCGGAGGGAACAACAAGAGAGGGACCGGCAAUUUGAUGCAUACCAAGAGGAGCAACGGGUGGCAUUUAAAAGGAUGGAGGAGCAAAGGGCGGCCGACAUGCAAAGGUAUGAAGACGACUACCGGAGGAUGUAUGGGCCCACAUACUCAUACAUGUCCAACAUCGGCGGAUUUGCAUCUAUGUCCUCACCACCACCGGCACCUUCUUGGUAUAACCCCUCCGAUUGGGGAAAUUUCGGCGGCUCUACUUCCGGCGGUGGUGGCUAUGAUGGCGGGGAUACUACUAUGGGAGAGGGAGGCGGCGAUGAUAUGCAUGGGGGCGGCUUUGGAGGCGGCUAUUAUGGCGGAGAAGGCGGGCACUAAGGAUAGUGCCACGUUUCAAGUGUGGGGGGAGGAAGCAUCAUCUCUUGGACAUCAUCUCGUGGAGAAGAAGAAGAAGAAGAAUAAGCAAGAUAAGAAGAAACAAAGAGCAUAGAGGACCAACAAACCCAAGAAAAUGUUGUUUUAUGAACUCAAUUACAACCUUGGUGGUCUUGUGUUCUUUCUUACUAUUCUUAAAACUUAUGAUCUUUGGUUGAACAUGGUGUAAACAUUUGGUUUUACUCGAGGUCGAGUAAAGAAACUAAGUGUGGGGGAGUUGACAUUCAUGUAAUUUCCAUGUUUAUUUUGGUGUUUUUAAUUAGUUUCGAGUGAUUGUUACUUUGGAAAUUACACACUUUUGGUGUAAAUAGUUUAGUUUGUAAAAUAUUUGUAAUAUGUUUAGAUUAGGUUUAUUCUGAGCUCAAACAGGUCCAAGUACACUUUGGAGACCAUUGGUGAACAUCACAAGUGCAAGGAAGGUGCAAGAAUACAAGAAAAAAGAUGAAGAUCUCGUUUUUGGUCUGUACCCGGUCGGGUAUGACCUAUACCCGGUCGGGUACCCUUCUGAAAAAUCGAAUCAAAUCAAAUCCGGGAACAAGGCAUCAUGCGGGGAGAUUUUAACACGUUCGGGUGUCCAUACCCGAUCGGGUGACCGACAGACCCGAUCGGGUAUGACCCAUUUUCCAGCUUCGAAGAAGCCACCUUUUAUACCCGAUCGAGUGAGCUGAAAGCCCGAUCGGGUACACGACCCUGACGGCCUAAAAAGCCUAUAAAUACACCCCAUUUCCUCCACAGAAAAACACCAAUUCCCAUAUACUUCUAAGCUCAGUUUAGACAAGUUAUUUCUUUAUAUUUUCUUCAUGUUUAGUCUCCAAAUGAGGAGCUAAACUCUUCCAUCUUGGUUUUGCUACUUUGAAGCUUAAUGAAUUGUAAGUUGUGAGUUACUUUCUUUAAUCUUCUUCCUUGAAUAUUAAUU